CUCUUUUCGGUCUCAGACAUGGGCACACCGCAGAAGGAUGUUACUAUCAAGUCAGAUGCACCUGACACGCUAUUGUUAGAGAAGCAUGCAGAUUAUAUUGCGUCCUAUGGCUCAAAGAAAGAUGAUUAUGUAUGUAUGAUUUCAUAUUGAAAUUCUAUUUUGAAGAAAUGAGACUGUUAUGCAUAAACAGUAAGUAGGUCAGUAUUUGUGGCCCAUUAAAAAUGGUAACUCUUGCAUGCCAAGGACUGAAGAUCUCUCCGUGAAGUGCAGAAUACUGUAUGUCUGAGUAUUUGAGAAUGAGUGGUAUCUAUUGGGGUCUGACUGUAAUGGAUCUCAUGGGACAACUACAUCGGAUGAAUAGAGAAGAAAUUCUGACAUUUAUUAAGUCGUGUCAGCACGAGUGUGGUGGAAUAAGUGCUAGUAUCGGACAUGACCCUCAUCUUUUGUACACUCUAAGUGCUGUCCAGAUUCUUACUCUUUAUGAUAGUAUUAAUGUUAUUGAUGUAAAUAAAGUUGUGGAAUAUGUUCAGAGUCUACAAAAAGAAGAUGGUUCUUUUGCUGGAGAUAUUUGGGGAGAAAUUGAUACAAGAUUCUCUUUUUGUGCGGUGGCAACCUUGGCCCUGUUGGGGAAGCUAGAUGCUAUUAAUGUGGAAAAGGCAAUCGAAUUUGUUUUAUCGUGUAUGAACUUUGAUGGUGGAUUUGGUUGCAGGCCAGGUUCUGAAUCCCAUGCUGGGCAGAUCUAUUGUUGCACAGGAUUUCUGGCUAUUACUAGCCAGUUGCAUCAAGUAAAUUCUGAUUUACUCGGUUGGUGGCUUUGUGAACGACAGUUACCAUCAGGUGGACUCAAUGGAAGGCCAGAGAAGUUACCAGAUGUAUGCUAUUCAUGGUGGGUGUUGGCUUCCCUAAAGAUAAUUGGAAGACUUCAUUGGAUUGAUAGAGAGAAACUUCGAAGUUUCAUUUUAGCAUGUCAAGAUGAAGAAACAGGAGGAUUCGCAGACCGACCAGGAGAUAUGGUAGAUCCUUUUCAUACUUUAUUUGGAAUUGCUGGAUUGUCACUUUUGGGAGAAGAACAGAUUAAACCUGUUAGUCCUGUUUUUUGCAUGCCUGAAGAAGUACUUCGGAGAGUGAAUGUUCAGCCUGAACUAGUGAGCUAGACAUUGAUGGAGACGUGAGACAUUGCUUAGUAUAGUUUUGCCAUCUUAACAUUUCUGUAAAGUGCUUAUCAAGCUUAAAAAUGACUACUGUGUUACUAUUUUGUAUAUGAAUGGUAUUAAUUUUAAUAAAUUAUGUAAUUAUACAUAAUGUAAAAUAAAGAUCUUUAUCUUCAGCUUUAGAUUUUCUUCUGCAAUGCUAUAUUCUGAGUACACUAUUUUGUUUCUGCUUCAUUGUAUUUAUUUGUAUGUUUCCUUAACAGCAAACACAACUUAAAGAACUACUGAGUUAAAGAAGUCUUGUGUUAUGCUUGUUAUUCCCAUGUGCUUCUUUCAUGUUAUAUAAUAAUGGCUAAUGUAAAUUGGUCUCUAUCAGUGAGAAUGUUAACUGAUAAAAAUUGAUAAAUCCAUCCAUAUAUGAGUUAAAAGAUGCACCAGAAUAAAUGGCUGUUGAAAUUUG